CCUAGGAAGUAUAACAAGCAUAUGAUCAAUCCCAUCACCAUCACCAUCACCAUAUUAUCCAGGCACACAUGCAGUUGGACUACUGUACUCCGUGCCGGGAAAACAGAAAAAAGGCAGUGCAUGCAGUGUGCCCCAGCAUUAGCACCAGCAGUUGAAGUCGUCAUCACAUUAAUUGCAAUUAGCAUUGGGCAUCAUCUGCAUGAGGAAUGAAAUGAAUAAUUUGUUCAUUGUGCCUAGG